AAAGAGAGAGAGAAAGAGAGAAAAAGGAACGGAAAGGAAAAUUAUAAUGAAGUUCUGGGUGAACUCGGAAAUACCCUGUUUGUUUCUUUAAUCAGGUAACAAGCUUCUGGUAAUAGUAAUUAUUGGUAUGUGCUUCUUUUUUUUCUUUUUUUUUUAUUGCUCCAGUUUUUUUUUAAUUUAUUUUUAUAGCAACGUGGAAUUGUGAAGUUAAUUAACAAAUCUUGUUUUCUAAUCCACGUAAUUUUGGUCCCCUUCUACCUACCAUACAUUUGUUUUACAUGUAUUUCAUUUUCCAUGGAUAUAUUUUUGGGUUUUCAUUUCAAACUACCGUUAGAUUUUGACAAGUGGAUUUCUUAAUCUUCAUUUAUCCAUCCAAUAAUUUGAUGGGUUCUCAUCAUCUAAAUCUAAAUCUAAGAUAAAAAAUUUUGUCAGAUUUUAUUCUUUUUUUUUUUUUUUUUUAAGAACAAAAAAGAAAAGAAAGUUCCUUCAUGUGAAAUUCUUCUAAAUCUUAAGACUGACAGCUGCCCUCCACUGUCCGUAUCAGUUUUGGUUCUUUCAGUUUCGUGGGAAUUCACUGUAUCUGGAUGCCAUUUGCAUAUGCUGGUAGCUAGACUCCAUGUUAAUUUGUUCUACAAAUUGAGUAUGGUACAUUAACUACCAGCAAUCAAAACUAGUCGGCUGCUGUGUCGGAUAUCCCUAGGCCUUCAAUUCAUAAGAUUGUGAUAAAGGUCCACCUGGUUGCUCUGUCCAUUUUUGCCAAUCUAGCAGCCUCUUAUCUGCCAUUGGUGAAUCUUUCUUUAUUAAAAACUACAAGGAGAAAACAAUUUUUAACACAACUUUCUUUUGCACCACACUUUUCAUAUAGAUGGUUGCAUUUUCCACUGCUUCAUGUUUGCAGUUCUAAUUAAGCUCCUUCUUUCAUCAUCUUUUCAUUUUUGAUGUACAUGAUCUCAAACUGAAUAUUAGCCCUUUGAAAUAAACUUUCACUCAAUCCAAUGCUUUACUUCUUAAUCUCCUGUGUCUCCUUCAUUCUUCUUUCCAAGUCCUUCACUCACAAACCAAUCAAGUCAUCAUGGGUGGGUAAGCUAAACUUGUUAUCUACUUGGCUGUGGGGGGAAAUUUCCAGUUUUCUUGUCUCCUGGUUCCGAAAAAGUAGAAUUGUUCUGGCUUCUUUUCGAGUCCCUACAUCCCCUCCUCUGAAGAACAUGAGUGGUAGUUUGAAAGUGGAGAAUGUAGAAGAGAAAGAGAGGAUUUCCCUGCUGGAUUUGCCUGAUUUGACCUUGGAAUGCAUUUUUGAGCGGCUUUCGCCAGUCGGGUUAUGCAGUAUGGCUGGGGUUUGCACUUCUUUGAGGGAAAAAUGCACAAGUGAUCAUCUAUGGAAGAAACACAUGAAGCAGAGGUGGGAUGGGGUGCUUGGUGAUGCUGCUUAUAGAGAAUGGCGGUCACAUAUAGCCUCAAGCAGGAGAUUCAGCCUCUCUGACCAAAACAAGAAGAGAGGUCUUUGUGAGUCUCUUUGUAAUCUCUGGCCUCUUUCCUGGAUUAGAAUUAGAUCGCCCAAACUAGAAAACAGUAGCAAGGCAAGGAGUAGAUUACCGGCUGAUUCCAUCAUGGGUUUGUACCUUUCCCUUGAGAGUGGCAAGUUCUGGUUUCCAGCUCAGGUCUAUAAUCGAGAGAAUGGUCAUGUUGGGUUUAUGCUGUCAUGCUACGAUGCCCUACUUAGCUAUGACUCUCAGACUGACACCUUUCAGGCAAGAUAUUCUCCUCAUGCCCGGAGGACAAUAGAGGAUAACAUACAGUGGGAUAGGCUUAGAGCACCACCGAUUGAUACUCCUCCAAAUAUGCUUCAUGAAUCUGAUUGUUUACAUGACUUGAAACCGGGUGAUCAUAUUGAGAUUCAGUGGAGAAGAAACAGGGAGUUCCCUUAUGGUUGGUGGUAUGGUGUUGUUGGACACUUGGAAUCAUGUGAUGGAAUUGAAAAUCGCUGCAGCUGUCAUUAUAGUGAGGAUUGGGUUGGAGUGGUUGCAGAAAUGGUGAUAUUGGAGUUCAACCAGUACACUCCAGGAUCAAGAUGGAGAAGAACAAUGAUAAAUAGGAAAGAGCAUAGAGAAGAAGGCAAUGAGGCAGAUGGAUUUUAUGGAGGCAUUCGAAAACUUUACCAUCAGGAUGAGAUUUCAAUGUGGAAACGGCGUUGGCCUACCAGAGUCCUGGAUUAAAACUUGCAUAAAAAAUUCCUCAUGCUCUGGAAAUUAAUACCAAGCCCCAUCUUUUUUGGUCCAUCUCUGCUUGUCAUGAACAACAGUUCAUUCAUAUAUAAUGUACAUACAGAGAGAAGAGAAAGAAGUAGGCAUUAUAUAUAUAUAUAUAUAUUUAUAUGCUUCAUGUUUCUGUUAGUUUUGCAAGGACACAGGCCCCUUGAAGAGAGAGAGAGAGUGUGUGUGUGUGUGUGUGUGUGUGUGUGUAUAACUUGGAAUGUACAGUCGACGUAAUUCUCUACUUUAUUUGACACAUAAUUUUGUAGUUAUUUUCUUCAUAUUUCUAUAAGUAGCUAUAGCUUUAGCUUCUUUUUUUUUU